GCAGAUAGUGUGAUUAAAAUCCGGACCACCAAAUACGUGUCAAGUCUAGAGAAAAAUAAUACUACGUUUCCCCCCACCAAUAAUCCAGAACCUUCUUCUUGAACAAGUCUCAGACUGUGAAACCCGUGCGCCCUUGGAUUACUGUACAUUUGUUCACUUUUCUGAAAACCGACAUUGCAUAGGCGUCACUUGUAAAAUGUGGUUCAACGACGAAGAACGUUCGACUCGGCUGGACAGGUCGGCAGGUUGUUUUACAAAUCAAGAAACAUCUACGUUCGGAAUUCCACCAAACCCGUCACCAACUUCGUUUGAUCCAUCAGUUCCACCAAUCUCAAUUACUAACAGGUUCCAACGUACGCAUACUAGACACUCAAUUUACUCAAGUCAACACAGCUCAGCUGAUUUCAGUACUCCAAAUUUAUCCCACAAAGAUCCACUUUUCCGCGAAGUGCUUCAGCUGCAGCGAGAAAUCCUCUAUCCUGGUGGCAUUAUCACCGAAGGAGUUCCAUCCGACUUUCGACGAUAUGUUGCCUUUGUCAAUGCAGGCCAUCGUGUUUGGGUUGCUGGCUGGAAUAACGCGUGCAAGGAACUUUAUCGGCUAUUUCAUAUAGGAGACCAGCUAGUCAGCAUCAAUAAUCUACUGGUGAAGGAUUCCAGACAUGCUUUUCACUUGUUCUGUCACAUUGAAUCGGAACGUGAGAACUGGUGCACGCUGCGUUUACGUCGAACUCCCCUAGCCAAAUCAUUUGCGGUGCGGCGAGUUGAGCCAGGACAAAGCGUUGGAGUGCGCCUAAACCAGGGAACAAACGAGGUUCGGUUGGUCGUUCCAGACGGGUUGGUUUCAAAAGUUGGUUUAUCUUCCGCUCCCGAACUCAGCCUAGCAACUUGCUCAUUGGAGAAAAAACAAAUGGACAAAUCCUCUCAAACAUGGACCAUAACGGAGCUCAACGGGCACGCAGUAAAUAUGUUUUUCACACAUGGAGAGACCGAAGUUUUGCUCAAUGCCUACGGAUCAGAAAUGUCUUUCGUCGUUCAACCUUCCGAUUUGAUUGCUUGCUUAAGGCAAGAGCUCAAACGUUUCAAAUCCUACAAACAGUACAUUCCGUGAACUUUACUAAUGAGUUACGGGUAAAAUCAAAUGGUUUCAAGGUUGAUAAUAGAGGAAACAAAUACAACGAGUGAGUUUUUUCAAAAGACCGUAACCACUGGCUUCCGGUCAGUGGGAAACAAGGUUUGAAAGUAUGUAAAUUGCACAAGUGCACAUACAUUUAAACGUUUGUGAGGUCCUUUAAUAAUACUGUUCAUAAUUUGCUGUUACUUCACGUCCAUUGUCGAUCACACCCUGAAGAUUUGUACUUUUACAGAAACAACUUAAA